UGCAUAUUGCAUAUUGCAUAUUGCAUAUUGCAUAUCGCAUAUUGCAUAUUGCAUAUUGCAUAUUGCAUAUUGCAUAUUGCAUAUUGCAUAUUGCAUAUUGCAUAUUGCAUAUCGCAUAUUGCAUAUCGCAUAUCGCAUAUCACAUAUCGCAUAUUGCAUAUCGCAUAUUGCAUAUCGCAUAUCGCAUAUUGCAUAUCGCAUAUCGCAUAUCGCAUAUCGCAUAUCCCAUAUCCCAUAUCCCAUAUCCCAUAUCACUGCAUAUGGCAUAUCGCAUACCACAUACCGCAUAUCGCAUAUCGCAAAUUGCAUAUCGCUGCAUAUCGCAUAUCGCUGCAUAUCGCUGCAUAUUGCAUAUCGCAUAUACAUAUAUGCAUAUAUGCACAUAAUGAAACAUAA